CCGGUUUCAGAUGCUGGAAGAGAGAGAUCCUUUCAGUCUUUGUUAUAAAGAGACGGACGACGGAGGAACAAACGCGGUGCACGUGCCAAAAUACGGAAUUGUUUGGAAUUCACGCUUUGCAAAGAGUGGACAUAAAUAUGCCUUGCAGAUGGAGAUUUGGGGGGAUUUAUUUGGGGCUUCUUCUACUGGAGUGUUACUGGGAAACAGCAUCUGGACAGCUCUCUUAUUCCAUCCCGGAGGAGUCAAACCCCGGCACCGUCGUCGGAAACAUCGCCAAGGAUUUCAAUAUCAACGUGCAGGACCUGCGCUCCCGUUUGUUUCAAAUUGCUGCCGGCGCAAAGAAGAAAUUCCUCGAGGUCAAUCUACAGACCGGAGCGCUUUAUGUAAAUGAGAGAAUAGACAGAGAGGAGCUCUGCACGGAGGAGGUGAAAUGCUCCAUCAGCGUGGAGGCGGUAAUAAACAAUCCGCUCAAACUCUACCGCAUCGAUGUCGACAUUUUAGAUGUCAACGACAACGCGCCUUUGUUCACCGCGAAAACGCAGCACUUAUACAUCGCAGAGAGCACAUUGCCGGGCGUUAGAUUCGCAUUGUCUGAAGCCGGUGAUGCGGAUGUGGGUAAAAACAGCAUCGGCACGUAUGGAUUGAGUCAAAACGAGCAUUUCGCAUUAGCGGUGCACAAAGCAGGCGGCGGCGGCGGCGCCGCCGGCGUCUCGGCUGAGCUGGUGCUGAAGAAAGCUUUGGAUCGAGAGACGCUGCCUCGCAUCGCAAUGACGCUGACGGCGGUAGACGGUGGCAGCCCGCCAAAGUCUGGCACGUCGCAACUGAUAGUCAACGUUUUAGACAACAACGACAACAUUCCGACCUUCACCGAGUCUCUAUAUAAGGCGACAGUGACAGAAAAUGCACCGUUUGGCACGAGAAUCGUGACGGUGAACGCCACUGAUGCCGACGACGGUUUAAACAGCGAGAUCGCGUAUUCGUUAAGAAGCAAAGAUCAAGAUCACGUGCUCGACGUAUUUGAAAUCGAGGGGGAAACGGGUGUGAUUAAGGUGAAAGGUCAAAUUGACUACGAGGAAAAAAGAGCCUACGAGAUAAGGGUGGAGGCCAGCGAUAAGGGCAACCCUCCCAUGUCCGCUCACUGCAAAGUGCUGCUCGAGGUGCUGGACGUCAACGACAACGUUCCCGAGGUCACGUUGACGUCGUUGAAAAACGCCGUGCCAGAGGACGCCGGCGUGGGCACGGCAGUGGCACUGGUGUCGCUUUUUGAUCAAGACGGCGGUGAGAACGGUCAUGUGACUGUACAGAUUCAAAACGAAGUUCCAUUUAAACUGGAAGCAAAUUACAAAAACUAUUUUUCUCUGCUAGUUGCUGAGCCGCUAGACAGAGAAAGCGCGGCGCACUACAACAUCAGCAUCGUGGCCAAAGAUAAGGGAAGUCCACCUCUGUCCAGCACAAGUGUAUUUUAUGUUCAUGUUUUGGACGUGAACGACAACAAGCCUCGCUUCUCGGAGCCCCUCGUGAAUGUUUACAUCAAAGAAAAUAGUCCACCGGGAGCGGUAAUACAUCAAGUGACUGCAGUCGAUGACGACGUCCAUCAAAACGGGCGCCUGACUUACUCGUUGCUGCAAAGCGCCACCGACUCGAUUCCGAUAACGACGAUGAUAAACAUCGACUCGGAGAGCGGCGACAUCGUCACUUUGCAGUCGUUCGACUACGAGGCGCUGAAGACGUUCGAGUUCAAAGUCCAGGCCGCGGACCGCGGCGUUCCUCCGCUCAGCGCCGAGGUGAGCGUCAACGUUUUUAUCCUGGACGAGAACGACAACAGUCCCGGCAUUCUGCCGCCCUAUUCCGAGCACGGCUCGGCCAACGGCGAGAGCGUCCCCUUUUCUGCCGAAGCGGGAUACUUCGUGGCGAAGAUCAGGGCCGUCGACGCAGACUCGGGAUACAACGCGCUGCUCUCCUAUCGCCUGUCCGAGCCCAAAGGCGGCGACGACGGGCUCUUCCGGAUCGGAAGCGGCACCGGGGAGAUUCGGACCAAGAGGAGAAUGAGUGACGAUGACCUGAAAAGUCACCCCUUGGUGGUGUUGGUGUGUGAUCACGGAGAAGCCUCCCUGUCAGCUACUGUGUCUAUUGACGUGCUGGUGCUGGAAAGCGCAGCCGACGUCCGCGCUCCGUUCAGACACGUGCCCGGAAAGGAGGAGAGCUUCUCCCGUUUCCACUUGUAUCUGCUCAUCGCCAUCGCGGCCGUGUCGCUCGUCUUUCUGCUCGGCCUGCUGGCUUUCGCGGCCUUCAAAUGCCGCGGACGGACGGACGGCGCCCCGACGAUCGGCGCCCGCCCCGACGGGAGCCGGUCUUACUCCAAAGCCACUCGGCAGUAUGACGUGUGUUUGGGCUCGGACACGCUCAAAAGCGACCUGGUGCUCUUCCCCUCGCCCUUUCCGCCGGGGGAAGCGGAACUCAUCAGCAUUCACGGGGGGGACACCUUCGGCAGGACUCAGACUUUGCCUCAUUGUGAGAAGGUAGGAAAAUAUAAGCACACUGUUUUAAGCCUCUGGCGGAUGCAUUCAGGUCAAUUCAUUGGUCAGAAAGUGUCUGUCCUUGGUGCUGAAUCGAUUGAUUCUUACCUCAGUCUAUUUAGUGACUGGAACAACAUAAGAGUUGCAAGUGACCAAAGCCAGCGCAUUAAGUGA